AUGGCGGAAGACCCCCUGGAAUGCAGCCUCCUGACACUAGACUUGGGGAACGAGGACGUGUGCAUUUCCACUGGGCCCGGUGGCGACAAAAUGCCGAGCACUUCAGCUGCAAGUAGCGACACCAUGGUAAAGCAGAGCGUGCUAAGCACGACGACGAUCGACGACGGAUUUCACAGACAACUCGCCCUGGUUAUGGGGAUUCCCUUGUGCAGAGUUUGGUCCGGAAUUGCCUUCGGUGCCAGAGGCCGCGGAGACCGCGCCUGGGAUGGGAAAGAGGAUACUGUGGCUAAUAUCGUCGCCGAGCUUCAACUUGACUCCGAGCCAGGAAAGCCAAAUCCUCCUGGUGGCGACCCUGGAGAAAAGAGGUUGUCAGAGGUGUCGCAGGCACCGGUGGGAAGCGUCACGCCCAUCAGUUUAGACGAGGGCCGACGGCGGGAGCCCGCCAUAUGCCUAGCAGUCCCUGCCACGGAAGUGGUGGCGCCGGGCUCGAUCCCAUCGCCUUCCAACUCGGAGACCCAAAAGACCCAAGUCUGUGGCAUUGGUGGAAUCGGCAUAGCUGCAGCAAGCGUGGUUCGGCAUUUCAGCUUGGAUCCUGACGGAAACCGCCUCAGACUGUCGGAAAGCGGAAGAUGCUCUUCUCACAGGUGA